AUGGUGAAGGCAUUACAGAAGACAGCAUGGACUGCUUUGGGAGGAUAUGUUGAUUGCCGCCAUGGACUUUGGCAAGUCCAACGAAUAUUAGCUAUAUCGAGGGAAAUAGGCAAUUUACACAUGAAAGAUUAUACUUUUGCUGAACCACACACCAAAAAGACUGAAAUUGAAUCUGAUUGCAAGUUUUUAAUUAUGGCAUCAGAUGGCCUAUUGGAUAAGGUCACCAAUCAAGAGGCAGUAGACGUUGCCAGACCUUCCUGUAUAGGGGAGAAGCCAAGUGUUGAACCUUUUGAGCAUGUGAAAGCAGAAGAGUUAUUAGUAGAGAAUUCCAGUUUGGCCUUUUGUAGAGCUGUCAGUAGCCAGAGGAUCUCUAGACGACAUUAA